AUGCUAUUGAAACAGCCUUAUGUCAUCUAUGCUAUCUUGAACGGUUCUCGGUUUCGACUACAAUGCGACAUGAUUAAAAUGGCUCUUAUCGAUCUGAUCGAACUGGUUGAUAUCGAUUACGGUCGAAACGGUAAGUUCGAAUUUAAUAAUAAUAAUAAACAUAUUUAUUCAUUAAUUGUCUUAGUUUUAGAUUCUUAUCGAUAUGAUCCAAAUGAUACGUUAUGGGAUAUAUAUAUAUGA